AUGCGUCGACGGCGCGUGGGCGGCCGGGGAAUUUUCCGGGCCACCGCCGUAUGUGCAGUAGGUAUAGAGAUAAUAAUAUUCUACAAUAAUACAGCGAAUCGUUUGCUAUUUCACGGCCGUGCCCGCCGCAUCCGAAAUUAAAUACCGGCGGAGUGAUAUAUUGCGUAGCUUUUUAAAAACCGGCGUUCAAAAGUCCCGUUUACCGGAGACGCCAUUGCGAAAGUUACUGUAUCUGUGCGGUCGAGCGUAAAAUAUACGAAUACAAAACGCAAUUUGAAUAAUUACGAUACCGCAAAUACGGCUCGUGUUAACAAUUAUCGAACAACAAUUAAUAGACAGUAGUGGGAAUGAUGAAAACCUCGAUAUUUUUUGAAAUCGUUAUAACUCGCGGACGUCCGUUUCCGAUUCGUCAUCGGAUAGCGACGGUUCUGUGGUAUUUUUAAAACUUCAAUAUCGGUCGAAAUCGUUUGUAUUUAAUGUCCAUUUCGCAAUAUUUUACGGAACUAUAUUGUGUUCGGUUUUAUUAUUUUCAGUCGGAGUUUCUGUUUGUGUUUCGAGCAAUACUCUAACGGCCGCGCUGACACGGAGGCGAGGAUCGCGGGUCGUCAGGGCUAAGCGCGAAAACGAUAAAUUACGAAAUGUCGGUUUGAAUGUGAGACAACGCCGCGUCCUGUGCUCAAUGAGCAUCGCUCAUAUCGCUAAAGAGUCUAACGCUCAAUCUUGUUUUGCCGCCAAGAAACACGGUUACGUUUAUAAUGGACACCGGAACGGGAAGAUGGCACUACAAACGCAACACGACAUUGAAAAACCGUUCCGAAAAUACCCACUUAGAAAAAAGUGCGAGAAUUAA